UCCAAUGAGACCACGUUUGUCAACAUCGCCUGUCCAUCUACCAUCUCGAGAUACUUCCACCAAUUGGUCAACAUCGUGGUUGCUGCCAUCAAUACUUUGUCACCAGCCAUGCCGGUAGUGGAUUUCUGGCCUCCCAACCUGUCCACCACGAGCAUGAAGUUCAAUUUUCUAUCAGUCAACGCGGCAGUAGUCGCGGCGAUCUGUAGCAUCAUCAAACAACGACACACAGAACAGACGAAUGUUGUUGUUUAUGCAUCGCCGCCUCAACAAUUCAUGAGGCCACCGUCUGUGGCCGCCCUAAUUGACCACAAUCGCUGCGCUCACCUCCCUACCUUCCGCGCUCCCUCCCUCCCUCCCUCCAUCGCUCGCUCAUGCCUAAUUCAUGACGGCGCUCAGUGCACCUGUGUGAUAAACCUCCACACAAUCGUCGCACACGGCAGAUUUUCCUGGGUCUCUAUCUAUUGCUGUCGUCGUCGACUUAUCGUCUCCACUUUUGUCGGUUUGCGCAGAACACCGUGA